UCCACUACAGUUUCCCAAGGUCUCAACCAAAACUUAGCACUUGCACAAUGCAUAUCUUCAUCAUUCAAUUCCUCGACAAGUGAAUCCAUUCAUGCAACAUUCAACCAAUCGUGCUACAGCUAUGUUUGCUGUUCCUGGUAUGGAACUAUCUGAGCAAGGAAACUUUUCAAUAGGCACAGGUUGUUAUUGUCUUCAUCAAAGAGUUUAUGCUAGUUUAUGGGGACGUGUGAGUUUUCAAGAAACAGGUGAAGCCAACUCUUUGAGGAUCGAUAUCCAACCGAGAACGCGUAGUCAACGUAGUACUUGUGUACCAACCGUGGGUGAUGAGGUGAUUGGCAAAGUAUUGAAAGUAACUUGGCGUGCAGUGGUAGUGGAAAUAUUUGCCAUACAAGAGAAGCUACUUUGUUAUACUUUUCGUGGAGUGGUUCGAUUACCUGAUGUGGCAACAACCUCAAGUGAUAAGAUAGAUUUGCACAACUGUUUUCGUCCAGGAGAUAUUAUAAGAGCUCAAGUUGUUAGUUUGGGUGAUCCACAAGCUUAUUAUCUUUCCACUAGCCGCAGUUGCGAUGGAGUUAUUUAUGCUAUGAGCAGUGCAGACCCAAACCAAAGAAUAUAGAAAGGUAGGGUUCGGAAGCAAAUAAGAA